CGAGAAGUGGUGCCCACGACGGAGGGGUUCUCUGCUGAAAUGAGAGUACCUAACAAUCAAGUUCUCUUGUAAUUCUCCCAAAGGGUCACGCAAUGUAGGCGAUACAGCUGUUGAGAAAACGUAGUGACAAAAAUUCAACAUGAAAAUGCACCCCUAGUUUGCAAAGUAAUGCAUAGGAACAUGUACGAAGGAACCACGAUGUAUCGCCCGAUGCGAAAACAGUGGUACGUCACUGGGGAUGCGUUUGUUACCUUCACAGCUGAUUCACUUCCGGAAAGCCAGGACGUCAUGAUCGAGCCCUGUCUCAUCCAAGCAGUCGAACCAGGUUGCUCCUCUCAGGCGAUAAAGCCCUGACACCAAUGUCAUGAGCAGAGUUCCCCCUAAACAUAGAUUUUUUGAAUGUUGUAGCCAAAAGGGGCUUGAGCUAGAUCGCUCUUGCCCUUCUAUGGGCAACGGCCACCUCUCGCUCCGGGCAGAGCAAUGGGAAUGAACGGCUGUCACACAAUGGAAUAUGUCAUACAAGGUCCGUUUGAAGAAUCGAAUUAAAAAGUAUUCAUUUUGACUUCUAUACUCAGGUUGCUCAUCCAGUUCGCGUGACACUUUUUCUUGAUUAGGUUCACCUAAAGUAUUUGAUGUGAAAGACUACAGACACAAAUACAUCAUUGCCACUGGGCUGUCUGGCAUUUUGUCUUAUCUGCCGAAAGAAUUAAGGCAGCGUUUUUGACACAUUUUGGCAUCAUCAUCUUUGUAACCUCCUCUACCCUGAGCAUCUGGCGUUCCUGUCACCAGUGUACAGUGCUCUGUAAAUAGCUGGAAGUGUCGAUUCCUGCGCGUCCUACUGUAUUUUAGUACGCUUCCUUUUGGCUGUGUUUGGGUUUUGUCUAAGCACCGUGCAGAAAACGUGUCGCGUACAUUCUCGAAGAAAGUGCCCGCAUAAAACACGGUCAGAAGAUCAUCUUAGCCGUCCGUCACUGACUCUACAGAGAACUGCUCGGGGCAUUCGCUAUUCAAGUUCUUGUGGAAUUGAGAUAAGCAAUGAAGCUCUCUCAGGUGUCUUUUGUGGGCACCCUCGUGAUGCUGGCAUCCGCAAAACGCAUUUGUGAAGUUUAUGCGACCUCCACACGGCUCCUGGAGAAAACAAACCCAACGCGCGCCCUCGAGUCUGAGUAUCCGCCUCAUGUUAGGAGACCUCAGUUCGCAGAAACUCUUGUUGGCACGACGUCUCGAGCUGGAAAAUCUUUACCUGCUUUGUUACAACGACCCCAUCGAUUGCAAAGUAUCACUGUUGUUGCAAGGAGCCCGACUUCCGGUUCCGAAGAAGAGCCUGCUUUGUUGUCUCCGCAACACUCGACGCGCAAGGGAACAGCACCUUCAGACUUACUGACAGAAACAAGGCAUGCUGACUUCCGUCACUUGAACGCGUACGACAACGGCCUCGCGGACGCACUGGAGGUGACAAUCGCAGCGAGAAACGAACGGAAUUACAGACCGGGAAGCCACCGACGAUUACCAACAACAGUACCGAGUGUUUCGAGGUUUGCGGGGAGCAAACAAGCUGCUACAGCACAAGCUGCAGUCUCGGAGUUGACUUUGACGCCAUCAAUCAGCUGCGGUUUCCACUGCGGGCUUUUCCCGCGACUCCCAGAGAACUUGUUGGCAUCCGGCGGGAAAAAGAGGAUUUGAUCCAAAUCAUGGAUCGGACUGUUUUAGGGCGAAUGUAGAAAAACUGUUUCCUUGAGAUAAAAUGGAUUUCAUCGUAUUCGG